CUCUUCUAGGUGAAAGUAAAGGCAGAAGUGACAGCAGGGACAGAGCCCUUCGUAGCUCUUCUCCGAAAUCACAGGAUUGGGAAACGCCCACAGGACAAUCAGCCACGCCCAGUCGCUUUGGCCGCUCCUCCAUUAGCCCGACCACCAUGCUUGGAGAAACAAAAGCCGGGUGUAAACUUGGUCGCUCUGCAUCCACAUCAGGAGUCCCAUCCCCUGUGGGAACGCCUCAAAGACAUGCCCCCGACGCCUCCGCCCAUCCGUGCGGGACUCUGUUCCAGAUGCCCCCAAUGCCCUGGGCAUGUGGGGACAGCACCAUGAUGGAGAUGAUCGAGAAGAAACGUCAUCUGUGCAAGGAGAUAAAAGCCAGACAGAGACCUUCAGACAAAGCCUUGUGCAAGCAGGACAGCAUGCCCAUCCUGCCCAGCUUGUGCAUCAAGGCUACAUCCAUAGCUUUACCACGCAAUCAAAGAGUCAUGCUGGUGCAUUCAAGCACACUUCACUUUAUGUGA